CCCUCUCUUCAGUCUUCACCUCCAGUGUCUUUCUUUCUCUCUCAGUUGCUAUGCUGUCAUGAGCAUACCUUCCUCCACAGUCCACUGCGCCGCCCCGAUAUUCUGAAUUUGUGCAGUUAGCGUUGGUAUGAGCGGUUAGAAGUGAAUAUUUGAAUAUUGAAACUCGGAGGAGACGCGAAUAGCGACGAGACAUGGAAGCAAUAACUACGCCUCAAUUCUCUGCUCUAACAAUCGGUUCGAAGAGUGUUGGGAGGAAUGAGAAUAUAGCAAUGGUGGCUUUGAAUUUUAAUCGGAGAGGCAGGAAAGACUGUGUUAUAACAAUUUCUCGCAAGCCAAACAUACAGAGUCGCAGCUUCCAUUUGGGACUUCCACACUCUUGUAAUCAUUCACAAGCUCCACUGCUGGAAUCUGGAGAUUGUUACACUUCUUUUGAUGAGGACUGGUUGUUAAAGAACAAAGCACAAGAGGUCGCUUCGUGCUUAAAUGGCCGCUCUAUAUUUCUUGUUGGAAUGAUGGGCUCUGGAAAAACGACAGUGGGCCGGAUUUUGUCAGAAGCAUUAGGUUAUUGUUUUGUUGACAGUGACAGAUAUGUCGAACAGGCAAUGGGAACUUCCGUGACUCAAAUCUUUGAACUGCGUGGUGAGAGUUUCUUCAGAGAUCAUGAGAGUGAGGCAUUGCAGAAAUUGUCUUUUGCACCAAGGAAAGUUGUUGCCACAGGAGGUGGUGCAGUGGUUCGACCUGUCAACUGGAAAUAUAUGAGGCAGGGGAUCACUGUCUUUUUAGACGUACCUCUUGAUGCCUUGGCGAGGAGAAUCGCUGCAGUGGGAACUGAUUCUCGCCCUCUUUUGCAUUUCGAAUCAGGAGAUGCUUACACCAAGGCUUUUGUGGGACUGUUUACUCUAACGAAAAAGCGAUCUGAGGCAUAUGCCAAUGCUGAUGCUACGGUCUCCCUUCUACAUCUUGCAACCAACCUGCGUCUUGAAGAUGUGUCUGAUAUCACACCAACUGUCAUAGCAAUUGAGGUACUGGCUCAAAUUGAGAAAUUUCUACGGGGUAACAAUGGCAAGUCCCUACGAAUGUAUCCUUACUAAGCCAAUAUCUUGGAUUUUGUUUCUCACUUUCUCUAUAUUUUAUAUGUAUUAGGGACAGCUCUUUUGGUAGGGAUGUUGCAGUAAGAGAGAAAAAAAAAAAGAUUAUUAUUUUUCAGUUUAUAAAGGUGUCAUUCCAUAUACUCCCCCCCGUAAGAUACAAAAUUUACAAAUCGGUUCUAUCGGUAGGGCUGUCUUAUCCAAUGUACAAAUGAAAUAAAGGUUUUGUAUUAAAAAGUUUCUUUUAAUUUCUCUGAA